AUGAACUCCAUGACUUCAACAAGCCCCGUGGCCAAUUCUGUGUUUGUGGCUGUACCCCACGGGGAAUAUCCUGUGAUCCCUGGGAGCAUGUCUCAAGUGCCCCCAUAUCUACUCAACCAGCCCCAAGUCUACCUAAUGCCUGGGAAUCCACCUGGUUUGAAGUCACCUAUUUCUACACAACCUGCCCAGAGAUCCUUGAAAGAGGGCAGAGUUUUAGGGGCCAUCCAGAUCCUGAUCGGCCUCAUACACAUCGGCCUCGGCAGUGUCUUGGGGGUCAUCGUGUUCUUUCCCUACAUAGCUAUCUCAUUCUAUGGAGGCUAUCCCUUCUGGGGAGGCAUUUUGUUCAUCAUUUCAGGAUCCCUCACAGUGGCAUCCGAAAAGCAGCCAAAUUCUUCUUGCCUGCUGAAUGGAAGCUUGGGCUUGAAUAUUUGCAGUGCAAUCUGUUCAAUGGUUGGAAUCAUGCUCUUCAUCACAGAUUUGUGUAUCAACCCCUCAUAUAUCUACCACCAAUACUAUCGUUACUUGGUUAAUCCUGGAAUUCCUACCUUUGCGGUGCUGAUGAUAUUUAGCCUCCUGGAGUUCUGCAUUUCGUCCACGGCUGCCCACUUUGGUUGCCUUCUGGUCUGCUAUGCACACAACAAUGGGCCCCUGGUCAUCCCAAACAUCUACGUGACAAACCCAGUGGCCAAUCCAGAACCAGUGAACUCAUUGCCACAUUCCAAUGAGAUACAGGACUCCCAAUAAAGCCAAAGGUUCUAGAAGCAUCUUUCACUAGGACCAAUAGAAGAACUCACCUUUCUGGGCUUCUGAAACUCGGCUUCUU